AUGGCACCUUCUAUUGUGCAUUUGCCUAACGGGCAUAAUCUGUCCGUCACACCCGUGUUCGGUGGUCUUUACUUCAAGUCUGUUGAUGCCCACACUCAUCACAACAUCUUUCCUCCUGGUUGGACCAUCACCAUCGAGAGCGAAGACGAUGACAACCCACGCUCUCCCAGUGCCGGGUCUGAGGAGCCCGAAUAUCGCGUUCACAGCUACAAGCAGCCCUCUUUGCAGAAUGACCAUCUGUUCAUCUCCUCCAUCUCCAAUCCGCCUAACGAGCACACUCCUUCUCACUUUCCCGCAUCCUCUCCCACUCGCCAGAUCGCGAUGAUGCUAUGGGCUACUUUGUAUUGGUACUUCCAUCAGCCUGAACCUGAUCAGAAGAUGACCAACUCUUUCUCACGGUCCACAGCUGAAGCGGGAAAGCCUAAGGGUGAAUGGCGCAUCAACAUCAACCGUGAAGGCGUGUUCAGAGGAAAGCAAUUAAUGCAGAAACUGGAGCGCAUGGGCUUGAUCGCUACUGACGAUUCUGCCGUUGGAACUUCCUUGGACCCAAACACUCCUGAAGGCUGGUCUGCCAUGUUUGUGUCUCGACGCCAUUUCUGGCAGCUGGAUCCCCGUAUCUAUCUCUUCACCAGCAACCCGCAGGUCAACUCUGCUUUGGUUUCACACACUCAUGUCGACUCAAGACCAGAUUCACCUGCACUUGGUGUAUCUAGCAGUAGACCUGACUCGAUUGUCGACAAUGCUGGUCCAAUUAUCCCCACCGGUGGAAACCAUGGGCUUUGGACACCUCCCGGGCAAUUCAAAUCAUCCUCUCAUAUGCCUACCUUCUAUCCUCCAGCCCCGGCCCAGUACGUUUUCACCAACAACGUCCGCCACCCCGUUCGUCCCAAGCCUCCUCGACAAGGUGAGACAUUCUACACAAGAUACAUUCCGAGCCUUGGCGAAUAUCUUUCCUUCCGAGUCGCAUCCUUGUCUAAAAGACCAGUGCAACACAUUGGGCCAGUUUCAAAUCCAACACCUGGAGCCUCUCCGCUUCGUGCUUCUGCCAGUGCUAGUGACUCGCAUGUGCCUACUGUUGGCACAACGGACCACGAGCUGAGCGAUGCCGAGCUUCUUCAUAAGUGGAUGAAUGACGAUCGUGUCGCCUAUUCAUGGGGUGAGCAAGGUCCCCUUACCCACCAAGAGGAGUUUUUGAAAGGUGGUCUGACCAACAAGCAUUCGAUCCCGGUGAUCGGAUGCUUUGAUGGAAAGCCGUUCGGGUACUUUGAGAUUUACUGGGUCAAGGAGGACAGAUUAGGCUCCUAUCUGGGCUUCCAUGUAUCUGAUUACGACCGCGGAUUGCAUGUCCUGGUUGGUGAGCAAAAAUUCAGAGGCCCCCAUCGUGUCAAGGUCUGGCUGAGUGGUCUUGUCCAUUACUGUUUGCUGGCCGAUGCCAGAACCGAAACAGUCAUGCUGGAGCCCAGAGUCGACAACAAAAAACUGAAGAACUACUGCGAGGAUGUCGGCUUUUUCAGAGAACGUGAGAUCAGCUUCCCACACAAGCAGUCGAACCUCAUGAAGCUUCGUCGCGAAGCUUGGGAUGCCCCAGCCAUCUAG